AUGUUAAUAAAUGCGCAAACUUUUCAGUACUAUAACGGUGAUUUUCUUCUUGACAUGGUUUCAAGAAACAUUAAAAUCCCAAAACUACACAAGUGUAAUUAUCACAGAAUACUCAACAGUCAAUCAGAAAUUGUACAGUAUGAGGUUUUCAAACCAAACAUUAUUGAAUACAUUUCUGAAGCAAAACUCUGUAAAAAGUUAGUUAGCGAAGUAUCCAUGUACACAGACUUUUCUGGCUACGAACAUUUAGUAGAGAAAGAAUUGAACAACUAUCCCAUAACACUUGCAGAAUGUAGAGAAAUGAUAAACAGUAAAAAAUGUGGGUUUGGAUCUUUAACGAAAGGUAGUUCUAACACAUGGAGCACCAAUAACAAAAUAGAUGUAGAUUAUCCGAAUAGAUUCACUAGCUUCUUCACUCCGAAAAGAUAUUACAAAGAAAAUUGUAUUGUUAUUGAAACAAAAGUUUACUCACAUUAUAAUCAAACCAAGCCAACUAAUAUUAUGGCUGAAAUGAAAAAUUGUAAGUAUCAAGACGGUUUUUGUGAGAUUAAGAAAAAUGAAAUCGUCACUUGGGAUGUCAACAGAGAGCAAAAAUGUCAAUACAUCUCGAUUGGAAUACUAGAUGGAAUGUAUAGCAACAAACUUUGGGUUAACAAUAAAAACCAAAUUGCUCUCAACUUCCAAUCAGAUAAAACUAUACAAGAUUGCAAUUCGAGUCUAAUGAUCAGCGAUGAAGGUUUUGCCGUAAAAAGAAUCAACAGAGCUGCAUCACAAUAUUCUCCGAGACAAAUUCCAGUAUCUAUUCCAUCACACUCUCAAAGGCAACAACUGGAGGAAGAUAGAAGAAAACGUGAACAAGAGGAGCAAAGAAAGCAGCAAGAAGAUAAUAGAAGACGUGAACAAGAAGACAGUAGAAAGCGUGAAGAACAAUCAAGACGUGAUCAGGAAGAUGCUAGAAGACGCGAUCAAGAAAGACAAAAACAGAAUGAAGCAGAUUUCGAAAAAAGGAAACAAGAAAAAUUGAAGAGAGAAGAAGAAACGGAGAAAAAGAAGCAAGAAAAGAUUAGGAAAGCCCAGGAUGAGGCUGUAAGAAAAUUAAUACAACAACGGCAAGAAGAAGAUUGGACUGUUCAUGAUGAGAAACCAAAAGAUAAUCGUCAUCCACCAAAAUCAAACAGAACCAAAAGAGAGAUCACAGACCAUCGAGCAAUCUUCCAACCACUACCCCUACCAGAUUACAAUGAAUACUUAAAAAUAAAACAAGACUGUGACAAUCUCCCAAGUUAUGAAGCUUUCAAGAAUAGCAGAGAUGGAUGUGAUUCGCUCACAAGUUAUACAAAUUUCAUCAACAGCAUUGCAAACUAUGAGAAAAAUCAACAACACUUGAAUUUAUCUCAAACCUGGAGACCUCUACCAUUCCCCGGCUACGAAGAAUAUUUGAGUAUUAAAGAAGAUUGCAACAUUCUCCCGACUUACGAGGAAUAUAAAACAAUCAGAGAUAGCUGUCAUGCAUUUCCCAGUUAUACAGACUUUAUAAAAAGAAUAGCAAAAUAUGAAAUGUUCGAAACAGGUAAAUUAAGAAGAAAAAGAGAAUUAUACUCUGACUUCCAAGCUGCAGGAGAAUUUCAAUAUCUAGAAAACCAAUCGAACAAUCUAAUACGACAUACUACUGAAGUUAUGUGUGAUAUCUUCAAUGAACAGAAUGAAGUUCUUGAAAGCCUUAUCAGAGAAAAUCCAAGAAGAUAUAUCCAGAAACAGUUGAACCAUACAGCUAUCAAAGUUAAACUCAUCGAUUCUCAAGAACCAGUUGUUCAAGUUACUUUCUGCAAAGAAAUUGAUGAAGAAGAGAUAGACUUUAUAGACGUUACUCAUUUCGAUGGGCAUAAAUUAAGUCUUGCUCUCACACUCGGACAAAUCCCAAUUAAGAUUAAAAGCCUUGGAGAUAAAGUUUGGUAUUAUAAGAAUGAUUAUUCAGGAGGUGUCAUAUCAAGCAAACCGCAGCUUCAUCCCAUGAUUGAUUUUAGAACUAACAUUACUAAUAUGAGAAACUUCAAAGAGUUUGAUUUGAAAUUCCUAGAUGAUAAAGUAGUUUUUCAUGAACACAUUUUGUUAGACUUGAAGACCAACAUUGAAGAAGAACUCAUAGAAGAAAUGCGAGAAAAAUCUGAUGUCUCUAUUCAAGUUCAUGCUAAUAACCAGGAUUCUACUUUACCCCAUGAAAUAUUAGAUGACGUAGAAGGUUUCUUUGGAAAAUGGUGGCUUAGAAUUUGGAGAGUUGGUGUAACACUUGGCGUGGCUGUAAAUAAAUGGUUACAGAAAUUUGGAAAGAAAAACAUAACUUUUUUACUAUUGAUAAGACUAGUGACUCGGACAACGGAAAGUUUAGAAAGAUAUUGCGAGCAUAGAAUAGGACAUCCGGAUGAUUGA